AUGGUCUUCUCAAGGCUCUUCCCGGGCGGCGACAAGUCGGGCGGCGCCGAGACCGCCGUCCGCGCCGACCCCGAGGCCAGCGACUCGGAGCCCUCCAUCAUCCACGACGGCGACCUCGCCUACACGAGGGUCAAGGGCGGCAACGGCUCCAAGCCGUCGUACCAGGAGGCCGUCGGCGCCCCAGUCGAGUCCUCCUCGCCCCUGGGCUACCACGUCAACUGGAUCGCCAUCAUCUUCCUUAACAUCAACAUGAUGGUCGGCACCGGUGUCUUUUCCACUCCCGCCAGUAUUCUCAACAGGACCGGCUCUAUCGGUCUCGCCCUCAUGUACUGGGUCAUCGGCUUCCUCAUGGCCUCGGCCGGUUUCAGCGUCUACCUCGAGCUGGCCAGUUACUUCCCCAGCCGCAGCGGUUCCGAGGUCGUCUACCUCGAGCAGGCCUACCCGCGCCCGAAGCACUUCUUCCCCGUGGCCUUUGCCGUCCAGUCUGUCAUUCUGUCCUUUAGCAGCAGUAACGCCGUCGUCCUGUCCAGAUAUCUCUGGAGAAUCGCGGGUACCACCCCUUCAGAGUGGCAGAUGCGCGGCGUCGCCAUCGCGGCUUACACGCUCGCCGUCAUCUGCGUCAUCGCGCACAACCGAUACUCUCUGUGGCUCGUCAACAUCAUCGGCGUCUUGAAGCUGACCACUCUGGUCUUCAUCAGCAUCGCCGGCCUCGUCGUCCUCGGCGGCAACGUCAGCCAUAUCCCCGACCCCCAGGCCAACUUCCGCAACGCCUUUGAGGGCACCACCUCCAACGGCAACGACCUCUCGGGCGCCCUCGUCAGCAUCGUCUUCUCCUACGCCGGCUACUACAACGCCUUCAACAUGACCAACGAGAUCAAGAACCCGAUCCCGACCCUCAAGAAGAACGGUGUCAUCUCCCUCGGCAUCGUCGCCGUCCUCUACAUGCUCUGCAACAUCGCCUACUUCGCCGCCGUGCCCAAGGCCGAGUUCGCCAAGGCCAGCGAGAUCGCCGCCGCCGUCUUCUUCUCCAAGCUCUUCGUCGGCAGCAGCGCCGCCGCCAACGUCCUCAACUUCCUCGUCCUGCUGAGCGCCUUUGGCAACCUGCUGGCCGUGCUGAUCGGGUCCUCGCGCAUGAUCCGCGAGAUUGGCCGACAAGGCGUGCUCCCCUUUACCAACUUCUGGGUCUCGACCAAGCCCUUCGGCACGCCCCUGGGCCCCUACCUGCUCAAGUGGACCAUGACCUUCAUCAUGAUCAUUGCGCCCCCCGCCGGCGAUGCCUUUUCCUUCGUCGUCGACCUGGCUAGCUACCCCAGCGCCAUCUUCAACUUCGCCAUGACCUUGGGUGUCUUCAUCAUCCGCCGCCGCCGCCAGCGUUCCGGCAUCGGCCGCUCCGAGUUCCGCGCCUGGGACAUUGUCGUCGCCUUCUUCCUCGCCAUCCAGGUCUUCAUCCUUGCCAUGCCCUGGUGGCCGCCCAAGGGCGGUCCCUACGCCGGCAGCGUCAGCUUCUGGUACGCGACCUACUGCGUCGUCGGCAUCGGCAUCAUCAUUCUUUGCAUCCUCUACUACAUCGUCUGGAUGUACGUCCUCCCCCGCUGGCUUAACUACGAGAUCCGCACCGAGAUCGUCGCCGUCGACGACAACGGCGCCAACACGCAACGCCUCGUCCGGGUCCCCAAGGCCGACGUCGCGCAGUGGGACGAGGAGCACGACGAGGCCGGCAACCUGCGGCGGCGACGCGUCACCACCGAGCUCGAGUCCAGCAACUCGAACGAGAAGGGCGGGUUCUGA